UGAAUUUUGUGUUGAAGCGUGUGGUUGUUGCGGCCGGCAAAUGAGAUGAAAAACGACAAAACAUACAACUUUCGCGAGUAAACUUGUGUUAAAUAUUUACUAAGUGAAUUGUGCCCAGUGUAAAAAAUGUUUUAGCCAAUCCAGUGUUGAUGUUUUAAAGAUUUUCGCUUUUCCCGUACGACGCCACUGUUAUUCCACUGCGCUCUUCGCUCCUCGCUCUUCGCUCUUUUCUCUGCGCGUGUGCUUUGCCAACAUAUUCGCCGUUUAUUCGAUUGUUUACGAAUUUGUGUGUGUGCUUAAAUGUAUAAAAACUAGCGGAAAAUUAGCGUUUUUGAAUGAAAAUGCCAACAACAAGAACCAAUAUGAUUAACAACAACAAUAAAAUGCUGCUCGCUCUGCUGGCGCUGACUGCGCUGCUGCUGCGCGCUAGCAACGUUGGCGUCGCAGCCCAUUUGAAUGUGUUCCUCAAUCCAGAAGAAGUGAUGCGUUUGCUGGGCGUUUCCGCAGAGGUGUACUAUGUGCGGGAGGGUCACAUCAACAACUAUGCGCUGAACUUCAUUGUGCCGGUGCCAUCGAGUGUGCGGGAUGUCACCUUUACGUGGCAGUCGCUGUCUGGUCGUCCGCUGCCGUACAGUCUCAAUGUGGUCAGCUCGGAUCCGGAGAUGUUGCCGCGACCGGCGAUCAAUGUGUCACAGAUUGGCGAGAUUCCUACACACAUUCAGACGUGGGCCGUGGCGCUUAAGUGCAGCGGAUUGCGUGCCGGGGCGGUGGACAUCACAAUCAGCUUGGAGGUGAUGCUGAAUCGUGCCCUGAAUAAUGUGACCCAUUUGGUAUUUCGACGCAAAAAGAUUUGUCUGCUCAGCGAGAGCGGGGAAGAGCUACAGCAGACGUUGGGCAAUGAUCUUGACGAUCCGCAGCUGCUCGAAACGGUGCUGCCACCGCCCACAGGUCUAAUCACCCUGGUGGUGGGCGUCACGGUGGCAAUGAGUGCUGUCUGCAUCCUGCUGGUGAUUGCGUAUUGUGUUCGUGGCGCGGCUGCAAAGCGCCAGCAUCAUCAGCAUGGCGGUCAACCAAUGCGUACCUCCAGUUUCCAGCGACUCAACACACAGCCUCCGUGCCAAUCCUCGAUGGGCUCCGCCGCCUACAUGACGCCAUCGCUCAUUGGUCCCGUGCACGCGUCCAGUUUACCUCGCAAGGUGGCCGUGCCCAUGGAGCCGCAACAGCAGCCAGAGGAACUUCAUCGUCGCAUCUCCGAGCUGACCGUGGAACGUUGUCGCGUGCGACUCUCCAGUCUGCUCCAGGAAGGCACAUUUGGUCGCGUCUAUCGCGGCACCUACAACGACACCCAGGAUGUGCUGGUCAAGACGGUCGCCCAGCAUGCCAGCCAAAUGCAAGUGCUGCUCCUGCUCCAAGAGGGCAUGCUACUGUAUGGCGCCUCCCAUUCGGGCAUACUCUCCGUUCUGGGUGUGUCCAUUGAGGAUCACACAACGCCCUUUGUUCUCUAUCCGGCGCUGAAUAACACACGCAAUCUGAAACUGUUUCUGCUGGAUCCGGCCUGUGCUCGCACCGUUACCACCAUUCAGAUUGUGAUGAUGGCCUCCCAGCUAUCUAUGGCUCUGGAUCAUCUGCAUAGUCACGGCGUGGUGCAUAAGGACAUUGCGGCAAGGAACUGCAUCAUCGACGAUCAGCUGCGCGUCAAACUCUCGGAUAGCUCGCUCUCGCGCGAUCUGUUCCCCGCGGACUAUAAUUGCUUGGGGGACAGCGAGAAUCGGCCGAUCAAGUGGAUGUCACUGGAGGCACUGCAGCAUAAGCAAUUCUCGGAGGCCAGCGAUUCGUGGGCAUUCGGUGUGCUCAUGUGGGAGCUGUGCACAUCGGCCAAGCAGCCAUACGCUGAGGUGGAUCCCUUUGAAAUGGAGCACUAUCUAAAGGAUGGCUAUCGUCUCGCACAGCCCUUCAAUUGCCCCGAUGAGCUGUUCACAAUCAUGGCUUACUGCUGGGCUCUGCUGCCCGGAGAGCGUCCAACGUUUGCUCAACUGCAAUCCUGCCUCUCGGACUUUUACUCACAGAUCACACGCUACGUUUAGGUAGUUAAGGGUGCUACUGACACACACACACACACACACACACUCGUACACAUACACAUACAUAUGCAGCUUGUCGUGGGGGGCACGCACUUGUAAAGUGUGUGUCUAGUCCAUUGAACUUAUCAGCUUCGGCGUUGCAUCAACUCGAAUCCUCGAAUUCCACACACUCACUUACCAUAGUUAGCCGAAGUCCAAUUAGUCCAUGUACAUUGUUAUAUUGCCAAAACUUAUAUUUAGAGUCUCAUUCAGCGGUUGGACGUGCUUUUGUAUAUAGUACAUAUUGUAGUUACUCGAUUUAUGUUCUAAGUUCUUGUUUAGUUCAACAACGAAAGACUCAGAUACACAUACACACACACACACACACAUACACGCAUACACACAUGCAUACAUACAUACAUACAUACAUAUUGUGUAGAUUGUACAGGUUUUUGUGCAUUCUGCAAGCAUUUUAAUAUCGAAACAACAAAUUAAUUAAGUUAUAUCUAGCGAAAGAACCUUGAACCGAAAUCAAAUAUAGUGAUAUUUAUCUAUAGAAUUAUGUAGUUAUACAUACAUAUAUCUAAUGUAAUAAGUUUUAAAAGUAUACAACCAUAAACAUGAUAAUAACACACAUAUUUAUAAAACAGCACAAUUAUACAUAUUAGAUGAAAGAAAAUAAACUAAAAUAUAAAUAAAUUGAUUUUUUGAAAAUUUAUAUAAAUAAAAUACAGAAAUAAAUCGAAAAUUCCACAAAAUCAAAAUAAA